UUUAUAAUUGCUUGCUUUUCCUUGGAAACAUCCUUUCCUUCUAUCCAACUCGUAAUUUAAUAUAGGAAGAAGAAGAAGAAGAAGAGUACCUCAUACGUAAACCAUUGAUGGGCUCUUUUGAUCGCCAAAGAGCUGUUCCGAAAUUCAAAACAGCAACACCGUCACCGCUCCCUCUUUCUCCUUCGCCUUACUUCACUAUGCCUCCUGGCCUUACUCCCGCCGACUUUCUCGACUCUCCUCUUCUCUUCACUUCCUCCAACGUAUCUAUCUAUCUCCUCCAACGUUUCAAACUAUGAUUGUUUGUCCUUAUCUUGGAAUAUUGAAAGAAUUCAAGGUUCUUGAUUUGUCCAUUUCCCUUCUUCUUCUCUCAUAUCAUCUUCUUCUUUGAUCUUGAAAUCACAGAUUUUGCCGUCUCCUACGACAGGCACAUUUCCAGCGCAAUCUCUGAACUAUAACAAUAACGGUUUGCUCAUUGACAAAAAUGAAAUCAAAUAUGAAGACACAACUCCUCCCUUGUUCCUACCAUCUGUAGGAUCCAUUUUUGCAUUUUUAGCUUCUGCUUUAUUAUCUCUUAAGACAUUCUAGUUUUAAACUAUCUCAUUUUCAGAUGGUAACUCAGCCUUUACCUCAACUGGAUUUAUUCAAAUCCGAAAUCAUGUCGAGUAACAAAACCUCUGAUGACGGCUACAAUUGGCGCAAAUACGGGCAGAAGCAAGUCAAAGGAAGCGAAAACCCGAGGAGUUACUUCAAAUGCACGUAUCCAAAUUGUCUCACAAAGAAGAAAGUAGAGACGUCUCUUGUGAAGGGUCAGAUGAUUGAGAUUGUCUAUAAAGGAAGCCACAAUCAUCCCAAGCCCCAAUCCACGAAGCGAUCAUCUUCCACCGCUAUAGCAGCACAUCAGAACAGCAGUAAUGGAGACGGUAAAGACAUUGGUGAAGAUGAAACAGAGGCCAAGAGAUGGAAAAGAGAAGAGAAUGUGAAGGAGCCAAGAGUGGUGGUUCAGACAACAAGUGAUAUAGACAUUCUUGACGAUGGCUACAGAUGGAGAAAGUAUGGUCAGAAAGUCGUCAAGGGUAAUCCAAAUCCAAGGAGCUAUUACAAGUGCACAUUUACAGGAUGUUUUGUAAGGAAACACGUUGAAAGAGCAUUUCAAGAUCCCAAGUCAGUGAUCACAACUUACGAAGGAAAACACAAACACCAAAUCCCGACCCCAAGAAGAGGUCCAGUUUUAAGGUUACUUGGAAAAACAGAGACAUAAAGAGCAAAUGAGUUUUGGCAUUUCAGCAUUCCUAUUGUAAUCUUUCAUUCAUAUAUAGUAUGUUUCCUUAAUCAUGCGCCUAUACACACAUAACUGAUCAGGACUAGGCAGAGGCUAAAGUUCCAAGCUUCUCCAUCAUUUUGCCCCCUAUGUUCACUACCGACGAUAAAUCUUUAUUCAACUGUUUCAAGAUAUUAAAUCAAACAUACAUCACACCAAGUGUUUGACAUGAUGAUGAUGGAAUGGAAUGGAUGGUGGCAAAUGAUGUGAUAAACACACAAAGGCAUACACAUAAAUGUAUAUUACUACAAAGAGCGG